AUGGAUUCGAAGGUCCGGGAGGAGCUUGCUCGGCUUUCCAUUGCCGAAAUGAUCGAAAUGUUGGAGAACUCCAACAUGGACAUGAUCCCCGGCCUUUGGAAAGUGUACCACUAUGCACUGCCGGCCACUGAGACCAACCAGCGGCUUGAAAACCUCUUCUGGAGAGUCUGGAGCAAUCAGACUCUCCAGAACCGCGUCAACAAGGAGGUUUUGAUGCGCCUGGUUUGGAGUAUCGACACUCCCGCGGGCAUCAGCCAGGAUCCCGAGCUGAUGGGAUGGCAGCCACCCAUCUUUGAGCAACGGGCCUUCGAGGCUGAUGUGAGAACGGACUGGGAUUUGGCAGAUGCGUUGUGGGAAGAAGAGAUGUUCGCUGGCCAGAGCAGCCUGCACUCCCCCGAAGGUACUGAGCCAGAGGAGACCGAGUCCUCCGAGUCCUUUGAGGAGACAGACCUGCCUGGCUUCGCCAACGAACGAGGCAUGAUGGAGAGAAAUGGGCGAGCUGCGGGUGCGCAUAGGCAGGCGUUGAUUCCCAAUGCCUAUGCCCGUUUCGCCCAGAUACUUGCGGCGAAAAUGGAGAAGAAGAAGCAGGCUAGGACUAGGGUUACUGCUAUGGAUGCUGCUUUGGCUACGUUCUCGGGGAUCUUGCCUCUGAGUCUGCUUCGCGCUCAGAGCCCGGCGCCACUGCAGCAUUCGACUGUGCAGUCAGUCAUUUCCGACACCUGUGCCCGCUUUGUUGAGAUGAUGGCUGAGAAGACAGGAGACAAGAAAGUCGACGCUGGCGUCGAGUCUUCGUCUAGUCCCUCUCUCAUUUCUUCUCACGUUUCCUCUUACCGUCCUUCUCCUCCGAUUCCGUCUCCCAGUGCCUCUUUCAUCCCCUCUCUUAAUCUCUCCCCCGAUCUCUCUUCCAGGGGUUCUUCAAGUCCCUCUGAUAGUCCUUCUCCUGGCCGUUCCCCCUACCAUCCUCCCAGUCGGUCUCUCAAUUCUUCUCCCGAUCCUUAUCCCCCUCCUUCUCCCGCUUCUUCCGCCGACUUUUCUCUCAGGUCGUCUCGCAGCCCUUCUCCAGAAUCCGCCAGUCCCUCAAAUCCUCCAGCCACCCGUCCGCAAUCUCCUGACAGUGACGAGGAGGGAGGUGUCUCUCUUGAGGGAUACAACUCAUCCGGUGAUCCAUAG